GCAUGAACAUUUUGUAUACAUGUACAAAAAAGAUUCUUCUAAAUGUCCGUAUUGAGGUUUUUUAAUCUAGAGCAUCAGUGACGUCUGUUCAGUCUAGCUUCCUUUAGUAUAUGCUUCUUCCUGUCGAUUCAGAUGUGGGUGAAGACUAAAGAGAUUUAGCACGUCUCUUCGACGACUACAAAUAAAGAGUUUGGGUCAAAUACAAGGAUUUUCUUCCAGAAUGAAGUUCAUAAUUUUCUUCAUCUGCGUACCUUUGGUUCAUUCAGGGAUUCACAAGUUCAUGACCACAUACACUGGAAUAAGAGGCCAGACGACUACAGGAAUGCCAGAGAUUUUUGCUGUAACUACACUGGAUGAUCAACAGAUCGAUUAUUAUGACAAUUACAUAAAGAAGCUGUUUCCCAAACAGAACUGGAUGAUGGAGUUUACAUCAAAAGAAAUGUGGAAGAACUACACUGAGAUCAGAGAACGUGUGCAGCAGAUCAACAAACUCAACAUUCCUGAUCUAAUGCAGAAAUUCAAUCAGUCACAUGGUCUUCAUACGUAUCAGAGGAUGUAUGGAUGUGAGUGGGAUGAUCAGACUGGAGACUCACAAGGGUUUGAUCAGUACGCUUAUGAUGGAGAGGAUUUCAUCUCACUGGACCUGAAGGAGCUCAGAUACAUCACAGCUGUAGCACAGGGAGUUCCCACAGUACAGAAGUGGAAUAAUGACACAGAACAGCUUGAAUAUCUGAAACAAUACUACAAAGAUGAAUGCAUUACCUGGCUGAAAGAGUUCUUGAAGUUAGGGAAAGCAGAUUUAGAGAAAACAAUAGCUCCUGAAGUGUCUCUGUUACAGAAGCAUCCCUCCUCUCCAGUAGUGUGUCAUGCCACAAGUUUCUACCCAUCAGGAGUCACUAUUAGCUGGUUAAGAAAUGGACAGGAGCACCAUGAGGAUGUGGAUCUUGGAGAGCUUCUGCGAAAUGAUGACAAGACCUUCCAGAGGACAUCUACCCUUCGUAUAACUCCAGAUGAAUGGAAGAAGAACCAGUACACUUGUGUGGUGGAGCACCAGGGAAAAACCAUCCGGAAGAUUCUGACUGAGGAUGAGAUCAAGAGUAACAAGUUACACAGGUUUAUCACCACAUACACUGAAAUAAGAGGCCAGACGACUUCAGGAAUGCCAGAGUUUUCUGCUGUAACUAAACUGGAUGAUCAACAGAUCGAUUAUUAUGACAGUAACACAAAGAAGCUGAUUCCCAAACAGGACUGGAUGAAGGAGUUUGCAUCUACAGAAAAGUGGAGGAAAUACACUGAGAUCAGAGAACGUGUGCAGCAGAUCAACAAACUCAACAUUCAUGAUGUAAUGCAGGAAUUCAGUCAGUCACAUGGUCUUCAUACGUAUCAGAGGAUGUAUGGAUGUGAGUGGGAUGAUCAGACUGGAGACUCACAAGGGUUUGAUCAGUACGCUUAUGAUGGAGAGGAUUUCGUCGCACUGGACGUGAAGGAGCUCAGAUACAUCACACCUGUACAGCAGGGAUCAUCCACAGUGCGGAAGUGGAAUAAUAACAGAGCACAGCUUGAACUUCUGAAACAAUACUUCAAAAAUGACUGUGUUUACUGGCUGAAAGAGUUCUUGAAGUUAAGCAAAGCAGAUUUAGAGAUAAGAGCUCCUGAAGUGUCUCUGUUACAGAAGCAUCCCUCUUCUCCACUAGUGUGUCAUGCGACAGGUUUCUACCCAUCAAGAGUCACUAUUACCUGGUUAAGAAAUGGACUGGAUCAUCAUGAGGAUGUGGAUCUUGGAGAGCUUCUGCCAAAUGAGGACGGGACCUUCCAGAAGACAUCUACCAUAUAUGUUACUCCAGAGGACUGGGAGAAGAACCAGUACACUUGUGUGGUGGAGCACCAGGUAAAAGCCAUCCAGAAGAUUCUGACAGAGGAUAAGAUCAAGAGCAACAACAGACCUACAGAAACACACAUGCACUUCUGUGUGUGAUGGGAGUGAUUCAUAUUUGUACUGUAGUCCGUAUGAAGCAAAUCUCAGUCCGGCUGACAAUCUUCAGGAGAACAGAUGAUUUCCAGCUUGCUUGUGUAACCAAAACAUGUUUUAUUUUAGAAGAAAAGCUCCUGCAAAUAUACAAUUUAAAUGUGCGCAUCUUUCAUUAUUUUGCCUUUUGGAAUAUACAAUUUAAUGCAUUUUUUUCAAGUUGUAACUUCACUGAUUUCAAGCAGUUUAAAGGCUUUUAUAAGUUUAAAUGUUGAACUUGUGCGGUUCUUAUUUGUGAACCACACUCAUGUUCCUUAUACACCUGAAAUGUCACUUUUUUUCCUUCUUCAGUAAAAUCAAUGUCAUAUAUUUUUGUUUAAUAAUAUUUUGUCUUUUUUAUUUUGCAUUUUGAGAGAAUUUUAUGGUACUAAUUAAUAUUUAUGCUAUAAUUAUUAUCAAUCUUUUCCAUUGAAAACAAUACAAAUUUUUGCACAUAUUUUUUAAAAUAUUUUUUCAAUUAAUGCAGUAUUUCAGGUUAAAACAGAGGCCAGGCCUUUAAAAUCCAAUUUUUGAAAAGCAGAUUAGCACCAAUUGGUUGUAAAAAAUAAAAAAUAAAUGUUACAGUGUAACCACUAGGUUCCAGUAUAUCUCAGCUUGUGAAUUGCAUAAUUGUUUUUAGACAUAAUUACAAGAUUUAAAUAUAUAUAUAAUUAAACAAUCUCAAAGAU